AAAGAAGAAAGUGCUUGUUCGUCGGGUAUAAAAAAGAAAUCGGUCGAAGCGUUUUUUUGUUGUCGAGAGGAUCGAUAUCGCGUGCAAACCUGUUCGUAUAUACACACGGGAGAAGAGAUUACAACGGUGUCGAAGGAAAUUAGAGGACACCGGAGACAAGAAGAGGGUCAAGAUCGUCCUCUGGCUGAAAGGAUCCCAGUACCGUUAAAACGUAGCAUCCACGUAGAAUGGUAACUUCGCAACACGACGGUACCAGAAGUGUCGGCGGCGGCGGCGAUGGCGGAGGCGGCGGCGGAGGUGGCGGUGAGGAGACCGUUUACACGGUGACCGUGAGUGGAGUCGGUUAUAGGAACGAGGGUUACAAAGACGACGGUACCGACGGUAUACCUCCCGAGCCCCAGAAACCACCGCAGUUGUCGUCCACGGACGACGACACCCAGUCCCGGAAGUUCAAGCUUUCACGCGGCGAGAAAUGGCGGAUCUUAAAGAACAUUAGUACCGUGUCGAUAGCGUUUAUGGUGCAGUUCACCGCGUUCCAAGGCACGGCGAACCUCCAGUCCUCGAUAAACGCCAGUGACGGUCUGGGCACCGUGUCCUUAUCCGCUAUAUACGCGGCUCUGGUGCUAUCAUGCAUCUUCGUGCCCACGUUCGUUAUCAAGAGGCUCACGGUUAAAUGGACGCUAUGUUUGUCGAUGCUGUGUUACGCGCCGUACAUCGGCUCUCAGUUCUAUCCGAAAUUCUACACCCUGGUGCCGGCCGGUGUCUUAUUGGGACUUGGGGCGGCACCAAUGUGGGCGGCGAAAGCCACAUACCUCACCCAGGUCGGUGGUGUGUACGCGAAGCUCACCGAUCAACCCGUCGAUGCGAUUGUCGUCCGAUUCUUCGGGUUCUUCUUCCUUGCAUGGCAGACCGCUGAACUUUGGGGCAACCUCAUUUCAUCCCUUGUGCUAAGCGAGGGAGAGUUCGGCAGCGGCGGCGGGAACAGCAGCACCAGCUUCAACAAAGUGAAGCUCUGCGGCGCCGAUUUCUGCGUCCUUGGGAACGGAGGUCACGACAACCUGGAACGACCGCCGGAGUCCGAGAUCUACGAAAUUUCAGCGAUCUAUCUGACUUGUGUAAUCGUCGCCGUGAUAAUCGUCGCUCUGUUCGUCGAUCCCCUCUCCAGGUACGGUGAGAAGCAACGACGAGCCGACAGCCAAGAGCUCAGUGGUAUACAAUUGCUAUCUGCAACUGCGUAUCAACUGAAGAAACCGUACCAGCAACUUCUUAUACCGAUCACAGUAUGGAUUGGCAUGGAGCAAGCGUUCAUCGGGGCAGACUUUACACAAGCUUACAUUUCCUGUGCGUUGGGCGUGCACCGUGUCGGCUACGUAAUGAUCUGCUUCGGUGUGGUGAACGCGGUCUGCUCGCUGGUCUUCGGCUCCCUAAUGAAGUUCGUCGGCAGACAGCCGUUGAUGGCGCUGGGCGCCAUCGUCCAUGCUAGUCUUAUCGUCGUGCUACUCCACUGGAAGCCGCACCCCGCGAACCCCUACGUGUUCUUCACUGUUUCUGGACUGUGGGGAGUCGGCGACGCAGUGUGGCAGACGCAAGUUAAUGGCUUGUACGGCACGCUGUUCAGGCGUAACAAGGAGGCCGCGUUCUCGAACUACAGGCUAUGGGAGAGCGCCGGUUUCGUGAUAGCGUACGCGUACAGCACCCAUCUGUGCGCCCGCAUGAAGCUGUACGUCAUGUUCACCGUGCUGAUCAUUGGUAGCAUCGGGUACAUCAUUGUGGAGCUGUUGCACAGGCGUAAGCAGAAAAGGCUGAAGGCGAUCGCCGAGGAUCCGAAAGCGGCCCAAGCAGAGGCGAAUCAGAUGGAGGAAACGGACGACGAGAAGGACGAUAUCGACGACGAUAUCAUUAUCACCCACCUCUGAACCUAGCACACCGGCCAGGAAAAGCUCAUCCAAGUGCUCGGUCCCGGGUCGACACUCUCUCUCUCUCUCUCUCUCUCUCUCUCUAUCUCUCUCUCUCUCUCUCUCUCUCUCUUCCUUCCCCCCUCUAUCACAUUCUUCCUUAUCGGUCUCCUUGAAACACGGGUCCAAUGAUUUUCCGCCGGCGACAUCGAUAAUCCGACAAGGAAAAUUGUAAACGCGUUAAUUAUCAACCGUAGGGAAGCGUAAGGGACAAAACACGUGGUCCUUUCGGAUGAAUCGAGAGAGUGGGAAAUUUGAUCGGUGACACGAAGGUACGCGGAACACGUGACCUU